AUGAGAUACAAAAGCCGCUUAAAGCAAAUUCUAUCAAUAUGUUCACUUCUCGCAUUGGCCUUAGUACUCUACUACCACAAGAGAUCGUUUACCCCUGUGGAAGUGAAACCAAGUCACAAGUUUGAUUUGAUAAAAAGUAGAAACACCUUCCAAAAUCCUGUUUUUGCCCAAUUGGCAGUGCCGACUAAAGCACAACGAUUCAUGAGUCUACCGUUGCAGGACAAGUGUGAUCUGUAUUUCAAAAGUGCUAAAUUGGCUGAGUUUGAUGUCAAUUUCUGGAAUAGUUUCCAACCUGAUCCACAUGUAUAUAAACGGAAAAAAUGGAUCAGGGAUAGAACACGACUGGAAAAGAGGAAAUACAAAAAGACUGCGGAUUGGAAGGAAGAGUAUGAUCAGCAAAUUGCGUUAGAGUUUGCCGAUAUCGCGAGGGAAUAUUCUGGGUUGGAGGAGAGGAUGUUUGGCGAAGUGGGACAUAUGAAGGUGUUUGGGAAAUGUUUUGCCAGUGAAGUGGUGCAUGGUCAAGGCAAUUGCGAAAAAGUUCAACAAAAGUUGUACCCUUGGUUGACCAAUAGGGGACCAUUGGUCACUACUGCUGAUGGUGAAGUGAGGCUGAAUGAAGUAGAAGGGUGCGUCACUCAAUCAUUGGUUGCAAACAAAGGUCAAGGAAUUGUUAUUCCCACCCAAUCGAAACUAGUUGAAAAUGUGUGUCGAUUGAUCAACUCUUUGAUUGCUCUUGAAAAUAAAUUGCCUAUUGAAAUAGCCUAUUUAUCACUUUCUGACGAGGAGAGGGUGAAAAUCGUCUCUGCAGCUAGAAAUUCAACCACUUUUACUCAACAAGUUUCAUUUGUCGAUUUAAAACCAACAUUGCAAUUAAAAAAGUUUCCCUUUUUGGAGUCAAUGGAUGGUGGGGUGGUUCUCCCAGUGUUGAGUUUAAUGUUUAAUUCAUUUGGCGAAGUGAUCUUGUUGACAGAACAGGCAAUCCCCUUGAGCAACCUCGAAAGCUUAUUUCAAAACAUAAAGUACAAAUCGAGUGGACGAUUUUUCUUCAGAUCACGUCCCUUUUUGGAUCGGGAAAAGUUUACUCCUGGAUUUCAUGAAAUUACGGCAUUGUUGAAGCAUCACUUGCCACCAAGUUCAAAUGAGGUCAAGUUUUUCAACAUGUCAGCCCCCGAUUCUUCUGUUGCAACUUCAAGAUUCUUCAAGCAUCUGUUUCGAAAUAUUCUUGAUACCAGUGUCAUCGUCAUGAACAAGCUGAAAAGUCUUUCGGGUUUACUCAUUACAGUGAAUUUGCAUUUUUACAACGUAUUAAAAUUGAGACUCACUCACAAGUCUAUGUCUGACUUGAUUUGGAUUGGGCAAGAAGUUUCAGGACAAGAGAUUACAUUCAACAACAACUAUCCUGUUAUUGCUGGUAUUUAUACACCGGAUCAGAACUUGCCACGAGAUGCCAAAAACACUUAUGAAAUCUGUUCAUCUUCAUUUGCACAAUUGUCAGAAACUGAUGACGUUUCACUUUUAUACAUCACGUCAGAUCAAUUGCAAAAUGCACUUGAGCAUCCAAACUCAAUGAAGCAUAUUUUUGAACAGAAAUAUGUGACCAAAUAUACUGAAUUGGUGGCUAAUUUGUUUGAUGCUAACGAUCCAAACAAAACAGAAAUGACCCGAGUUAAUUACAAUGAAGUCACCAAGCUUUCACGCAAUCCAUUACUAAUUGAGCAUAUUAUCAAACCACCAACACUAACUAGUAUUGUGUAUGUGCAUCAUUUCGAAGAGCCCAAUGAGUCGUGGGUUGAACAGUCAGGUCUUGUUUCUGAACGAAUGAGGCACGAGGGUAAGAGAUACUACUGUGCUUACGAUACUGUUGGAAACCCAAUGGAGGAAGGAGUGAAGGGAGUGACGAUUAAUAUCGACGAUGAACUGUUUGCAAAGUACGAUAAAAUUACUAAAGCAUGGAUGGGAUUAUAG